UACAAUAUUCUCCAGAGUAACUAACCAUGAGCCCUCCAUUGAAGAUGAACAGGGACUCUUGUCACAUCAAGAAACCAUCAUUUGAGCAGCAACAACGCCAUCCAGUUAUAUUUUACACUCAUUCUCCCAAAAUAAUUCGUACCCAUCCUCGUGAUUUUAUGGCAUUAGUCCAAAAUCUCACUGGCUUUUCUCGUUCCGAAAAAGACCUCUCAUCUUCGCCUUAUAAGUCCGAGCCAAAUAAUUAUCAUGAUUACGAGGGUAACAUUAAUGAUUUUCAAGUUGGGAUUUAUGCGAAUGUUGAAAAUGAGCUUAAUUCGGAUGAAAAUAACAGCAUCAGUUACAAUAAUGCAAGGAAUAUCCAGCUGGUUAGUGAAAUCAAAGAUACAAAUAGUGAAGAUGUUAAUUAUAAUGAUUAUGGAGAUAUUACUGAUCAAGCUGAUUUAUUGUGCUCAGCUCAAUCACUCUUUAAUUACACGGAUUCCUUGUUCUUCAUGCGCAGUAUGAAGGAGCUUCCAGAUUAUUGAAGUGGAUUUUUGAAAUUUUAUAUUAGAACUAUUACUCUUUUAUUAGGAGUAUUAUGGUUCUUCUUUUUUGUUUUCUUCUUCAGUUGUGAUCUCCUUUUUUGUGAUCUGGAAUUAAUAAUAUAUCUUUCGUUCU